UAUAACUAAGCGCUUAAUAAAUAUUAAAAAUACAAAAACUAAUUCUUACGAAAUGGCACUGAAGUAUUUGAUUUUCGCUUCUGCGCUCUGCCUUACCAUGGCUUCACCCAUAGGCCACUAUUAUGAAGAACAAGGUGGCUAUGAAGAGCUCGGCGGACAUGAACUUGGCGGUCACGAGCUUGGCGGCCACGAUCUUCACCAAAUCGAACGCGUCUCUUUGGGCGAGGAACAUCACGGCUAUGAGCAAGAGGAAGAGCAUGUGGAUUACUAUGCUCCACCAAAAUACGCUUUCAAAUACGGCGUGAAUGACUUCCACACCGGAGAUGUGAAAUCGCAACAUGAAUCGCGCGAUGGUGAUUCCGUUAAAGGCCAAUACUCCUUGGUUGAACCGGACGGCUCCAUCCGCACCGUGGACUACACCGCGGACAAACACAACGGCUUCAACGCUGUCGUGCACAAAACCUCACCAGUACACCACGAGGAAGGACAUUAUUAAGCAAAUUUGAAGGCAUAAACGAUUUAAAUGUAAUUGAAGCGAAGCUUAGCAACAGCGGCAGCAGCAGAAAUAUAGUACUUAGUUGUAAAUUCCAAACGUAUUAGCUAAAUUAUAAAAUGAAUGGAAAGUUGAAAGCGAACACGCAACAAACAAGCUGAGA